AUGACGCAGGCAAAUUUUCAAGGCCCUCCCUUUGCGCCCAUGGUCUGGACACCAGGUGGACCACCAGUCAAGCGCGUAGACAUUCCGGCUCAAACGGUCUUCAUGGUCCUGUUCAUCAUUGGGGCAGCAGUGCACAUGAAGAUCUUCAGAGGGAACUUAUCAAGAGGACACAAGUUUCUACCCAAUCUCUUCAUUUUUAGACUUGCUCUUGCCGCACAAGUCUUCGUCGCAGCUGGUGUGCUGAUCCUUUUCAUCAUCAACAUCAUCUUCGCGAUGCGUCUCGUCAGGGCAUCCCAUCGAUCUUUUGGCUGGCAUCCUGCGUUCGGCAUUAUAUUCAAGAUUCUAUUCGCACUGAUCGGUGUCACAAUCAUCAUUGUCAUCUCGGCCACGAUUCAGAGCUCUUACACCACCAAUACUCAGAUCCGGCUCACUGAUCGCUCGCUUCAACUCUACGGCUCCACCGUCCUUGCCAUUGUAGCUACAUUACCACUUCCCAUGACAGUUCUCACCCUUAUGAUACCAUACUCGCCUUUCGACCAAUUUGGCACUGGGAGAUUACGGACAAGAGUUAUCGCUUUGCUUGUUAGCACCAUCCUCCUCUCGAUAGGCGCUUGGUAUCGAUCUGGCGUCACCUGGCAGGAUCCAGUCCCGCGCACCCAACCUCUGCCCGGCUAUCUAGGGAAAGGACCGUUCUACAUCUUCAACUUCCUGUUCGAGUUCCAGACAGUCAUCAUGUACGCUGUUCUGCGCAUUGAUCAAAGAUGGUACAUUCCCAAUGGCGCCAAAGGACCAGGCUCGUAUUCGAAAACUCCUCACCUCGCCGACGUCGAAAUGCAAGAUUCGCGACCUACCUCUGCCGAUGACAAUUCUUCCGUCAAAAGCAGCACCCUCAUGGAGGAUGAGAAGCAGAGCAAGUCCGAAAUCAGAAUCGAGAUCAGCACGCCACCACUUCCCCUUCUCCCCGAACGAGCACACAAUUCCAGGCCAGAUAGCUCAAUUCUCUCCCUCCCCUCCUCAUCCCGCCCAACAUCCCGCAGACAAUCGCUCCUCCAACAAAUCCUUACUCGUCAACCCACCGCGGCGCAGAAACGCGAGUGGCGCGCCUCCGAAGAAAGCCGCAUCAUUCGCCGUCUCGGCGGUCCAUGGAACCAGAUCCCCAGCCCCACAGAGAGCGUCUUCACCUACGCGAUCGACGUUUAG